AUGUCUCGUAUCAAGGCCGUCGAGUCGAUAAUACCGUACCCCGUCGCGCUCGCUUGGGCGGUAAUCGCAACGAUUCUCCUCUGCUCGCUCUCGAUCGUCACCUUUCAGUUUCCCCAUGGCUGCGGAGAGAAAAGCAAUGUCUUAGGGCUCGCCGCCGAUGAUGGACCACCAGAAGGCGCCGGUCUCUCGCAGAGCGGCGGUCUCGCGCUGAAACUUGCAGACGAAGCCAACAUCGCCGAUAUUACCGCCGGCGCUGGCUCCGCACCGCCUCCGGCCGGCGCUUCCGAUUCGCCGACCGGAGGCGGUCCGGCGGGAGAGACAGCGUCUUGCAGUGAUUGGUUGUCAGCCAGCCGUCCAGUUCAAGGCGGCGCGCUCCCAGAUCCGUGGGAGUCUACUAAGUGGACGCAACGCGUUUCCCCGUGCCUUGUGGCGGGGCUGCCUAUAGAGGAGCUCGAAGCGCAUCUGAACUUCCGCCGGGGGUGGACCCUCGGGUUCGUGGACGACGUGGAAGAUAAGACGCAGGUUCUGCCGAUGAUGCGCGGCGCCAUGGACCUUAAAAUGCACACAAGGGAGCGGAGGGUUUAUAUCGACCUCGGAGCUAAGACGUUCGACACGAGUGUAACCUGGUUUCUCCGUAUGUACCCCCUCGAUUUCACCGAGAUCCACGCCGUGGAAGCGAGACCCGACGUGUUCCAAAAGCCAAAUACAACAGUGCCAAAGGUACUGGCAAAUGAUUUGGGCGAGGAUUCACGCCUGCGUCCGAAAGGCCAAGGUCCGGCAGACUUCCCACAAUGGCUGCUGGAACGCGUUCAUCCAUACACCUUCUUCGUCUCUUCCAUGGACGACCAAGAGAAGAACAUGGUCAACGUAACCAGAUGGUUUCUGGAGGACCUGCAGUUGAAGGAAGGCGACUCGGUCGUAGUGAAGAUGGAUAUAGAGGGGCACGAGUGGGCGAUUCUGCAGCACUGGCUCUCCAACCCCCGCAUGGCAGCGAUCGUAGACGAGCUGUUCGUCGAGCUCCCGCUCCAUAUCAAGCGCGCUAUUUGCGCGCACCACGUCGACAACCCCCGCCUGCGUCAUGUUGACCUGGCGAGGUGGUGUUACUCGCAGUACGGAUUGCGCCCGGAUCGCUCCACUGUCGGCCGCAUAUUGAAGAGCGCCGAGCGAUGGGCUGUCACGGCAACCGGCGACAACCAAGUGCGCCGUCGAGGUGGCGCAUGGCCUGAGCUGGAGCAGGCCAUGGCGCGGUGGAUCGCAAACGCAGGGCCCGCUGGCGUGCCUCUGACGCUGCAUACCAUCCGCGACCAUGUCGCGACGAUGGCCCGGAACAUGGGCAUUCCGCCCACAUUCCGCUACUCCAUCGGCUGGGUGCGCCGUGCUUUGAGGCUCCAGGGAGUGAGGUGCCGUGCAGCACAAGGCAAGGCGGCUAGCGCGGACAUGGCCGCCGUGCGCCACGCACGUGAGAAGCUGCCGCAACUCCUCACGCAUCUCGGUGUCACCCCGCGGGACACUUUCAACCUCGAUGAGACGGCGCUCUGGCUGUCAGUCCUCCCUCGGCGCACUUACAGCAACGGCCGCAUUCCCGGCCGCAAAGUAUCGAAGGAGCGGCUCACCGUGGCAUUCCUCGUCAAUGCUGACGGGAGCCACGUAUUCCGACCGCUCGUGAUCAAUUAG